AAUAAGGCGGCACGGGCACGGGCACGUCCACACCCACAGAAACAAUACAAUAAUAAUACGCACGUAAUAAGUUGUGGGCGUUGAAAUUAAAUGAAUGUAAAUAAAUGAUAAUGAAUUCUUUGCGAUGUUUUUCCUAUCUAACAUUUAGAAAAUCAGCACCAGCUUUGGUGCGUUUCAGCCAUGCUCAAAACUUGAAGGCUGAUGUUCAGCGGAGACAAAUUGACAAAAUCCUAAUUGCUAACCGUGGUGAGAUAGCAUGCCGGGUUAUGAGGACAGCCAAGAAGCUUGGCAUAAGAACUGUUGCGGUGUACUCAGAUGCUGAUAAACAUGCCAUGCAUGUGGAAAUGGCUGACGAGGCCUACCAUAUUGGACCAGCACCAUCAACACAAAGUUACUUGAAUGCCAACAAGAUCCUCCAAGUAGCUAAGACCUCUGGCAGCCAAGCCGUGCACCCAGGCUACGGGUUCUUAUCAGAAAAUGUGGAGUUCUGCGAGCAAUGUACCAAAGAGAAUGUGAUCUUUAUUGGCCCCCCAACGUCUGCUAUCAGGGAUAUGGGCAUAAAAAGUACAUCAAAGGCCAUAAUGUCUGAAGCUGGAGUGCCUAUAGUGAAGGGCUACCACGGGGAAGAGCAGAGCAUUGAAAGGUUACAAGCAGAGGCACAGGCUAUUGGCUUCCCUCUUAUGAUCAAAGCUGUAAGGGGAGGUGGAGGAAAGGGCAUGAGAAUUGCUAUGACUGAAGCGGACUUCCUACCCCAGUUAGAGUCGGCUAAGAGAGAGUCCCUAAAGGCAUUUGGCGACGACAACAUGCUCUUAGAACAGUACAUCACAGACCCGAGGCAUGUGGAAGUUCAGGUAUUUGGGGAUAUGCAUGGUAACGCCGUACAUUUGUUUGAGAGAGACUGCUCUGUUCAACGAAGACAUCAGAAGAUUAUUGAAGAAGCACCAGCACCAGGACUAUCAGAAGCGACGCGAAAGGAGCUGGGCGCGGCGGCGGUGAGGGCUGCCAAGGCAGUAGGGUACGUGGGCGCGGGCACCGUAGAGUUCAUUCUGCAUCGGCACACGCACGCAUUCCACUUCAUGGAGAUGAACACCCGCUUGCAGGUCGAACAUCCCAUCACUGAGAUGAUCACUGGCACAGACCUAGUGGAAUGGCAACUCCGAGUGGCCUCCGGGGAGCCUCUACCGCUCUCCCAAGACGAGAUCAUCCGUCGCGGCCACGCGUUCGAGUGUCGCGUGUACGCGGAGGAGCCGGGCGCGGGCUUCCUGCCCAGAGCGGGGACUCUACAUCGAUUGACACAGCCACAGCCUGAUAGCACUGUCCGGAUAGAAACCGGCGUGCGCGAAGGCGACGAGGUGUCGGUGCACUACGACCCCAUGAUCGCCAAGCUGGUGGUGUGGGGGCGCGACCGCGGCGAGGCGCUCGCCAAGACUAGGGCUAAACUGACGGAGUACCAGGUGGCCGGUCUGGAGACCAACGUGAACUUCCUGCUCCGUCUCAGCAGCGCGCCCGCCUUCGUGUCGGGCGACGUGCACACGUCGUUCAUACCGCAGCACGAGGCCGCGCUGUUCCCGCAGCACGAGCCCGCGAGCGCCGAGCGCGCCGCGCUGCACGCCGCGUUAGGACAUGUUCUGAAGACCCAAGCGGAACAAGCAGUGAAUGAAUCUUGGAAGGGAAUCUCAGUGCCGCCAUCGGCGUGGCGCCCCAACUACCAGCUGAAAAAGACUGUACCCAUGAAAUUCGGUGACAAAGACAUGAAAGUGACAAUAGAAUACCUGCAAGAGGACAAGUUCAGAGUGCAAGUCAACGACGGCUCAUGGCACGAGGUGGAAGCUUCCCUCCGGUGGACGGACGCAGGCCUACGACUUACCACGACGAUCGAGGGGAAGAGGGAGACUGUAGGCGUGUUGACGUACGAGGAACAAGUGCAUUUGUAUGAUGAGAACGGCCAAACAGUACUAGAGCUGGCGAAGCCGAAGUACCUGGGAGCUGUCGGGAACCAGGCGGCCGUCAACAAGGACAGCGCCGCCUCGCCCACCCCGGGUAUCCUGGAGAGAGUUCUGGUCAAGCCUGGUGAUAAGGUGACAUCCGGCCAGCCCCUAUUCGUAGUGAUAGCGAUGAAGAUGGAGUACGUGGUGCGUUCGCCGCGAGAUGGCGUGGUGGCGGGCGUCAGCGGGGCGCGGCAGGGGGACGCGGUGGGGAAGGGGGCCGAGGUCGUCACCUUAGUGCCUGAGACAGAGAGCUCGUAAUGGAAUGGACGACGGUGAUAGAAUGGAUUGAGGAUUUGAGAUGUUGUAUAGAGGAAUGGAUAAAG